CACAUGUGGUACAGGUGGUGCCCAAAAUGGUCAGCAGGACAGAGCACACAGCAUGGCAGCCCCAGGGAGACUGAGCAAAGGUCACCAAAGGUUACAGGGCCAGUGGCCAAGGCAGGCCUCCCCCGCACACCUGGGCAGGGGGGAGGAGCCUUGUCCCCUCACCUGCCACCCUCCCCGGUUUUGUCCUCACCUGGUGAGGAAGGCGCCCUGCUGGAGUGGGGAGGCCUGGCCCAGAGGAGCGGGACUCACUGGGCGGACUUCUGCAGCCCGGCUGCCGCCCGGGCUCGCCUGCCUUGCCAACCUCGGCCGCCUUCCCUCUUUUUUGCCCCCAACUUGUCUCGGCCCGGCGAGCUUCAGGCCCCAACCGUCGCCGCCGCCGCCGCCGCCACCGACGACGACGACGACGACGCCACCACCUCCUCCCCCUCCAUGGCUACCGCUCACCCGGCUGCCGCUGCUGCAUUGUGGGAAGCGGCCGUCUGAGUCUGAUCCACCUCACUCGCCGACGCCGCCGCCCAGACCGGCUCCUGCAGCAGGAGCAACCGCUGCCGCCGCCGCCGCCGCCGCCAUGGGAGCUGUAACCGACGAUGAAGUUAUUCGCAAGCGACUUUUGAUUGAUGGAGAUGGUGCAGGGGAUGACAGACGAAUUAAUUUGUUGGUGAAGAGUUUCAUCAAGUGGUGCCAUUCUGGAUCUCAAGAAGAAGGCUAUACUCAGUAUCAGCGCAUGCUCAGCACUCUUUCACAAUGUGAAUUUUCAAUGGGAAAAACUCUACUAGUAUACGACAUGAAUCUCAGAGAAAUGGAGAACUAUGAAAAAAUCUACAACGAUAUAGAAAACAGCAUAGCUGCAGCUCAUGAAAAAAUUGCUGAGUGCAAAAAGCAAAUUCUUCAAGCGAAAAGGAUACGAAAAAACCGCCAAGAAUAUGAUAGCUUGGCUAAGUUAAUACAGAAACAUCCAGAUAGACAUGAAACACUGAAGCAGUUGGAAGCUCUGGGGAAAGAACUGCAGCAUCUGUCUCAUAUCAAAGAAAGUGUUGAAGACAAACUGGAGUUGAGACGAAAGCAAUUUCAUGUUCUUCUGAGCACCAUCCACGAGCUUCAGCAAACACUGGAAAAUGAUGAGAAGCUUUCAGAAGCUGAAGAAUCAUCAGAUGCUCCAAUGGAAGCAGAAGAUAAACAAUAGAUGUGUAUAGCUCAGAAAUCUGUGUGAUCUGUAUUAAGGAACAGGAGCUUGAACCACGACCACUGCCACCACCAGGACCAUUGAUACCACCAAAAUAAAUCCUCCUGUGGAUUGAAGGAUUUUCAGUUGCAAGUCUGAGAAUCAAUUGGCUGGGCUAAGUAGAAUGACCAAACUGCAGCAUUCUAAAUGCCGGCAUGUGCCAUCCCAACUAUAGGUCAAGAAUUAAGAUUUCCAUGUAUUGUCAGUUCAAACUACUGUAUAUUAAAAAUGGACGGGCAUUUGUGAUGAUA